CUUUGCUCCGGGUCGAAGCCUACUCUGGAACCGACCUAUCGGAAAAAAGGCACCAUCCCCUCUUACUCACGGGCCCAGCAGCUUCUCCUGGUAAAGAUGCAGAAGCUGGUGUGUCGAGGAGGAAGAGAGGAGAAUGACAGCCUGCGCAACUUCAAGAACAGCUUACAGCCUGAAGAGUCCAGCCUGUCCUCAGACCCCAAAUCCAGCCCUCGCAUGUCCAGAGCUAGCGUCUUCAUCACACAGAUACUACAGUUUGUCAGCAGGGUGGAUAAUAAGUAUAAGCGUAUGAACAGCAGUGAGCGUGUUCGCAUUGUGAGCUCAGGAAACCCAACGCUGCCCAGACCAGGCUUCGAAACCCUGAGACAGGAUGGUAAGCCUUGCACCCUACACCCUACACACUAUACAAUACAGGAAACCCAAUGCUGCCCAGACCAGGCUUCGAAAACCUGA